AUGAAGGCGACUUUUGCUGUAGCCGCCGUUGCGGCCCUUGCUGGGGGUGUUUCUGCCGGUAGCAUCCACCACCGACACGCUCACGAUGCCCACCGUGCCCUCCAGAAGAAGAGCUACGAGAGCGCUAACGCCACCUGUGGAUGCACCACCAUCUACAGCACCUACUACGGUGAAGCCACUCUCUCCUUCCCUCCGGUCCCGACCUCCACGCCUGCUCCCCCGCCGGUCACCGAGUCGUCGACCGCUGUUGUCGUCCCGACGCCCGUCCCUCACUCCGUCACGUCGACUGGUGUUUACACCUUCCCUGCCACCACCAUCACCCUGACCGAGUCAACCACCGUCUGCGGUGCUACCAGCACUGGCGUCCCCAGUGGUACUCACACUCUCGGUGGUGUUACAACCAUCGUCAGCACUGCGACCACUGUCACUUGCCCGUACGCCACGGUCUCUACGAGCGGAAGUGUCACCACCAGCGUUAUCGAGACUACCACUUACGUCUGCCCGUCCGCUGGUACCUACACCAUCGCUCCCACCACCACGACAGUCAGCGAAUCCACCACUGUCACGGUCCCCGUUGUCACCAGCUACCCCCCUGGAACGUACACCCAGCCUGAGGUUGUGACCACCAUCACCGAGACCAGCACUGUUGUCUACUGCCCGUUCAACGUUCCCACCCCGUCUGCCUCGACCACCGAGAUUCCGGCUGCUCCUACCUACCCCGCCGUCACCGUCUCCGCCCCGGUCAUCCCUACACCGUCUACCUACCCUACUCCUUCCUCUUCUAAGCCCAAGCCUACCGGUGGCCUUGGUGGUGCCGCUGGCAAGCCAUGGGGUAUCUCUUACACCCCCUAUGAGACCAGCGCCGAGGGUGGCUGCAAGAGCGCUUCCCAGGUUGAGCAGGACAUUGCUGCUAUCGCCGCUUCUGGCAUCAAGACCGUCCGUGUUUACUCCACUGACUGCGAUACUCUUCCCAACGUCGGUAGCGCUUGCGCCAAGCACGGUGUCAAGAUGAUCCUCGGUAUCUUCAUUGACUCUCCCGGUUGCUCCGCCAGCCACCCCAGUGUUGCUGAGCAGAUCAGCGCCAUCAAGAGCUGGGCCAAGUGGGAGCUUGUUGACCUCAUCUCUGUCGGUAACGAGGCUAUCUUCCACGGUUACUGCCAGCCUUCCGAGCUUGCCUCCCUCAUCUCUGAGUGCAAGAGCCAGUUCGGUGGCUACAGCGGUCAGUACACCACUGCCGAGACUGUCAACAUCUGGCAGCAGAGCGAUGUCGCCGGUGCCCUUUGCGGUGCCGUUGAUGUGACCGGUGCUAACGCUCACGCUUUCUUCAACACCGAGACCGAUGCUUCCCAGGCUGGUCAAUUCGUUAAGGGUCAGCUCAAGAUCGUUAACGAUAUCUGCCCGGGUAAGGAGGGUAUCAUCCUUGAGACCGGUUGGCCUUCUAAGGGUAACCCCAUGGGUCUUGCCAUCCCGGGUGAGUCUGAGCAGCUUACUGCCAUCAAGAGCAUCGUCGAGGAAUGCGGUGACAAGGCUGUCCUCUUCAGCUUGACCUCCGACCAAUGGAAGAGCCCUGACUCUCCUUGCGCUUGCGAGCAGUUCUUCGGCUGUGCCAACGUUCUCGGCAUCAGCAUCUAA